GAGAACCCACAGCGAAAACAUCAAACCUGUAUAAAUAAUUAGUGUUUCCAAAUUAUCCUAAAUCCAAAAAUUUUGAAACUUGAUCGAAUUUACUACGCAAACCUAGGGCGCGCUUCAAUCGGCAAUCCCGCCCGUCCUCACCACUCUCCUUUCAAUGCAUGACAAAAUGCCGCAUUUGGGAAUAAACAAAUAAAACCCUUUAGAGCAACGUACAUGUAUAUUCAGAAUACCUAACUUGACCACGGUUGCAUUUGAUCAUAACCAAGAACAAAUCACCAGUUUCGUGCAUCUCGAGUUCGGUCUGAAUCAAAUCCCAAACGAAGAUGGAACUUGACAUGGUGACUAUGGCGGCAUCGAUCGGGGUGUCGGUGCCAGUGAUUCGGUUCCUUUUAUGCUUCGUGACGACUAUACCGGUGAGUUUUCUAUGGCGACUUGUUCCGGGUCCACUAGCUAAACAUCUUUACUCAGCCUUUACAGGAGCGUUGCUUUCCUAUCUGUCAUUUGGGUUUUCUUCAAAUCUGCACUUUUUGGUGCCCAUGUUGUUGGGUUAUGCUGCAAUGGUUCUUUAUCGUCCCAAGUGUGGGAUUAUCACUUUUUUCUUGGGUUUCGGUUUUUUGAUUGGCUGCCAUGUAUAUUACAUGAGCGGGGAUGCAUGGAAGCAAGGAGGUAUCGAUGCCACUGGCGCGUUGAUGGUCUUGACACUGAAAGUCAUUUCAUGUGCAAUGAACUACAAUGAUGGAUUGUUGAAAGAGGAAGACUUACGUGAGGCUCAGAAAAAAAAUCGGUUGAUUAAGCUACCUUCUUUGAUUGAAUACUUUGGGUACUGCCUGUGCUGUGGCAGUCACUUUGCUGGUCCAGUUUACGAGAUGAAGGACUACCUUGACUGGACUGAAGGGAAGGGGAUUUGGGCUCAUUCAGAUAAAGGACCAUCGCCAUCACCAUAUGUAGCAACUCUUCGAGCUCUUGUCCAAGCUGCUUUUUGUAUGGCCAUGUUUCUUUACCUUUCACCAUCUCAUCCCUUGUCCUGGUUUAUUGAUCCUGCAUACCAAGAAUGGGGAUUCUGGAGGAAGUUGAGUUACCAGUAUAUGUCUGGUUUUACAAUGCGGUGGAAAUAUUAUUUCAUCUGGUCAAUUUCAGAGGCUGCUAUGAUUAUAUCUGGCUUGGGUUUCAGUGGAUGGACUGAAUCUUCACCCCCAAAACCAAAAUGGGAUCGAGCAAAGGUUGUUGAUAUCCUAGGAUUUGAGUUAGCAAAGAGUUCAGUGCUGUUACCACUUGUCUGGAACAUACAAGUCAGCACCUGGCUUCGUCAUUAUGUUUAUGAGAGACUUGUUAAGAAGGGGAAGAAGCCUGGUUUUUUCCAGCUACUGGCCACACAGACCGUUAGUGCUGUUUGGCAUGGACUGUAUCCUGGGUACAUCAUAUUCUUUGUUCAAUCAGCUUUGAUGAUUGCUGGUUCAAGAGUUAUUUACCAAUGGGAAAAAGCUAUACCCACAAAUAUGGCUCUUGUGAAGAAAGCAUUUGCCGUGAUGAACUUUGCUUACACACUUUUGGUUCUGAACUACUCCUGUGUCGGCUUUAUGGUAUUAAGCAAGCACGAGACACUUGCAUCAUAUGGGAGUGUGUAUUAUAUUGGAACCAUCAUUCCGAUAGCAUUGAUUAUCUUGGGCUACAUAAUACCUGCAAAACCUGCCAGGUUUAAAGCUCGUAAAGAGCAGUGAGAACUGAGUAGGCUAAAGCCAAUUUUCUUCUCUUUGGAGUUAGAUUUGUAUCGUUUGCUUUGACCACUGGAAUUUUCGGGCUUUGUUUAACUUUAUUGUAUGUGGGUUUCGCAUAAAAUUUAUGGAAAAGCCAUUCCUGAAA